AUGUGUAGCCUCCGGCACCACUGCGGCUCCCCCGUCGGAAGCAUUGGAGGCUCGGCACAGGUGCAGGCAACAGGACCGGAGUCAGUCACAGCCAGAUCCGGCACCAUCCGCAGCAGACCUACAGGACCGCCACGUUCCGUGUCACCCUGCAGACAACAGGCGGAUGGGUACAACCAGAGACACCAGGGAACCGUAGUCUGUGAGAGAAACACACACGGGAGAGAAGAAACAGCACGAAGGGUAGAAAUGCCGGGAGGGGCUUGCAAAGCAUGCCAGGGCAACAAGUGUACGAAGUUCAGUCAGCAGGAGGCAGGGGCGGGCUUCUUAUUCCUCGGCAGGCUUCUGAGCUUAUCCGGUGACGACAAACCCUCCAGCGGCGGGGGCUCCAAGUCCGGCGGGGCGAGUUCCGGCGGAUCGAACAGCGGGGGCUCGUCCAUGAGUAACAAGCAGUGCAAGUGUGGCCACACGUACGCACAGCAUGCCUGAAGCUGCUCCACCAAACACACACACACUCCCUGCGGAACACAUCUUGUCUUGGUGACGCAGUCAUGAAAAUAGAUGUAUAAGUCUCUAUAAUGAUGAUGUAAGAGACCAAGAGCUCAAGGUGUUACCCCAGGGGGGUGCCUAAUUAUACUAUUUUAUUGUGAAACAGAAAAGCUUUCCAAGUUCAACGCUUGCCUUGCCAUAGAUACGAGAAGAAAAAAAUGGAUCAACCUCGACCCAUAGUUGCGAACUUUAAAUAACGACAAUAUUACAUCAACUCUGACCCGCCAGCAUGCUGACGUUGUUUUGUUAGUAUCUGGUAGGUUGGUUAGUUGGUUGGUUUAGGUUUUGCAAUGUUACCCCUUCCUUGUCCUUUACCUAUUACUGCCUUUUUAAGGAAUAUGCGUUUCUGUUUUAUGAGAAUAAGAACCGAAUCAUAAUCAGGUAUGUACGUUGCAGUCAGUGACACAGAAGCUUGACCGAUCAUUAGUUCAGCACUAGCCGCAAGUUUUAACCAAACGCUUCGUACAAACGAUACAAACCUAAAUGGCGUGCUACGCGUACGGUGGUGAUGCUCUCUCUCUCCGCGCUCUGAGAUGCGGUGAGGGAAACUAAAGGCAGAAGUCGAGUCACCCUGACACUUAUAGUAUAUCCUAUGAACCAUAUAACCAGUUUUGUACAAGGCACAAUAUCGAGAUUUCGAUAGCCUAGAAAGAAUGGUGUUGUUCACUGUAAAACGUCAUACCCAUCCACUUCAUCCAUUUUUAGAUAUAUGUGAGUCAUCAUCAUCAUACACACAGCGUGCCAAACAUCCAUUCCAUCUGCCCACAAGGCACACACAAUCUAUUCGGACGAAAAGAAGAAAAGAGAAAGAUAGUGUCAUGUUCCGUGACCCGUGGCAUCAACAUAAACCCUCAAGCUGUAGGACCUCCUCAUCGAAAAACCUUCAGGACCGUCUGAUGUACAUUGUCAAUCAAGACGUAAA